AUGGUUCUUUGACAGUUCUUUGUCGUACAUUUUGGUAAUGAUUUGCGAAACAAACUGAUUCCACUCGCUAGUAUAGAAGUCCCGUCUCUUAAAACGUAGUGAUUAUAUGCUCUUUGGUAGUUGUCGUCCUCGACUUGGUUGGCGCCCAUUUGUAACCGGCUUUUCUACUUUAAUUUUAAUUUCACUUACUAAGCCUUUAUAAGUCGGUUCAAUUUUUCAUAUUAGACGUGCUACGAUGUCUACCAAUGGUAACAACGGUGAAGAUACAGAAAUGGCGGAGUGCGAGGGCGAAAAAGUAGUAACGAUGAUGGACGUACUUCAAGAACAACAGGAAUUCGAAGAAGACGCUAAUGCCGUUCUUGGAGCUUCAGACGACAAAAACUGUACAUACAGUAAGGGAUAUAUAAAACGCCAAGCAGUCUAUGCAUGCCUGACUUGCUGCAAUGACGCCAAAAAUGAUCCUGACAAGCGUGCUGGUGUGUGUCUUGCUUGCAGUUUGACAUGCCAUGAGAACCAUGACCUUGUAGAGCUCUAUACCAAACGCAACUUCUGCUGCGACUGUGGGAAUCCCAAAUUUAACCACCCCUGUCAAUAUACUGAAAACAAGACAUCUCUCAAUGAUGAAAAUAUUUACAACCAGAAUUUUAGUGGUCUCUAUUGCACCUGCCACCGACCUUAUCCAGAUCCAGAUGGAGUUGAAGAAGAGAUGAUUCAAUGCAUAGUAUGUGAAGACUGGCUUCAUUCUUCACACUUGGAAGCUACUGUACCUUCCCCUGAGCUAUAUGCUGAAAUGAUUUGCAAAGCUUGCAUGGAUAAUAAUGAAUUUCUCCAUGAUUAUAGUAAAUAUGCUGUUAAUAGUGAUGUUGAUGUAGUGAGUAUCAGUGAGUCUGAUGAAUCCAAACACUGCAAUGGAGAUACAAAUGAGGUGAAUGGACUUAAUGUUAAAACAGAUACAAUUGAAAGUGAAAGUGCUAAUGAUUCUGGCAUAUUGACAAAAGUUGAUAAUCCCACUGAAGCUACUGAUACUAUUGACGAAAAUAACUCGAAAGAACAAAUGGAUCCAAAUCUGCCAGUCACUGAGAAGUCUGAUGAUGAAAAUUCAACUAAUGAGAAAACUAAUGAAAUUCAAGCCGAACCUGUUAAAACGUCUGAUGAAAAUCCUAUGGAAAAUGACCUAGGAAACCCCAUUGAAGAAAGCCAAGCUAAAGACAGUCAAGAAGGGAAGCCAUCUUCUGAUGAAAUUUCUGAUAAUAAGUUAAGUGACAAUGCAAACGCUGUUAGUUCUGAAGACCAAGAAAACACAGAUACAACUAAUAAUGAAGGAGAUGGUACUGAUGUCACUGAACAACAUGAAGACCCUGCUAAUACUUCUCAGGUAUCUAAUGCGGGUGAUGUCAAUGGCGAUCAACCAACAGAAGUUAAAACUGAUGAGGGCUACAAAGUUGCCAGUCAAGAGAAGCAAGAUCUUGCUGAUUUGAGUCAGGUGACUGCCAAUAAUACAAAUGUUGAAACUUUACAAGUAACCAAUAACUACUUAGAAGAUGAAGAACCAAAGGAAAAUAAGCGAAAAUUACCCACAGAGGAUUCUUCACUUGAUAUUAAUGCCAAAAAACCAAAAUUAAGUGAAAGUGAUUGCAUUAGACCACAAGGUGAAAGGAAAAUGUUCAAUGGCGCAACAUUUUGGCCGUGCCAUUUCCGACAAAAAAUGUGCACGUGUACUGAGUGCAUUACCAUGUACAAGGACUUGUCUGUUUUGUUCCUAAUAGACCCUGAAGAUACAGUUACUGCUUAUGAAGUUUUAGGCAAGGAAAAAACUGAUGGUGCUGCCACUACUCAGUAUGAAAAAGGCCUGGAAGCUUUAUCAUCUCUAGGGAGAAUUCAACAGAUUAAUGCUUUGACAGAGUAUAACAAGAUGAGAGAUAAGUUACUUGAUUUUCUCAAAAGCUUUAAAGAUAGAAAAGAAGUUGUUAAGGAAGAAGAUAUAAAGGCCUUCUUUGCAGGUAUGAAACCAAAAAGAGAGCCAGAUGGUGUGUAUUUCUGCAGAUAAUUUUUUAUUAAAAUAGUGACCAUUUUAUUAUCCUUUAUAUUCUUAUUGUAGUAAUUGAUGUCAUUCCCACUAGUAUUAAAUAGGUAUCUUAUUUAAGGUUAACCAGUGAUUUCUUAACUUAAGCUCCCUCCAGACUGUGCGUGAAUCGCGGAGAGAGGAUAUUUCUGCUCGAGAAAUUUGUCCUUCACCAAGGCGGGAAAAAUAAAUUCAAUGCCGCGAGAACUCGAGAAAUAAAUCUCUUGUGAUAAGUAAAAAGAAAACCGCGUAUAACGCGUGAUGUGUCUAUAGUGUAUUUCAUUAGGCAGUUAAGUAAAACAAUUGUUUUUUAACAUUUUCUUGUACUUAAAACAUUUAUUAGUCAACCAACCAAAUAAAAACUGCCUUGAUCCCUCCCACUGGCUUCAAUCGAUUUUCAUGUUUUGAAACUUUUGAACCUUCAAAUGUCUAGAGAAUUUGUAUCUAUUAGGUUUAUUCUAUACUUCGUUUUUUUAGCAUUAGAAAAAAGGAUAACUAUCUUGACGUGUCUUUUUAUUGAAAACGCUAUAAAAAAAAUAGUAACUAUUACUUAUGAAAGCAAACUACUCGUAAUAGUCUUAAUGUUAACGACCGUAGAUGAUUUAUAAUUAUUAAAUUUUUGCCGCGACUUAUUUUUCAAUUAAAAUACACGUCAAGAUCGAUUAUCUUUCUAGUGCUAAAAACACGAAUAUAAAUAUAAAUAAAUAAAUAAAUAAAUAUUAUAGGACAUUAUUACACAAAUUGACUAAGUUCCCCACAGUAACAAAUACAAAUAGGUAUUAUAAAACUUAAUUACUAUUAAUAAAUCAUUCAUCCCGAUAUAUUCCUCUAUUAGCAAAAAACAUAAUUUUAGCAGCUUCAUUGUUACGUUGAAUUAAUAAUAUGACGUAGUAAAACUUCUGUAAGUUUCGAGUGUGGUUUGUUUACAUUUUGUUAGGUAUAUACCUAAAGGAAUACACUAGCAUAUCCCACCUAUAGUUUUUUUUAUUAUUUUUUUACAAUUUAUGGUAUGGUAAUUUGCAAUUUAUGGUAACUAAAAAAAAUACCAUUUGUUUGAUUAUUGAUCUCACCUCCGACUCCUAUGACUCCUAAUCUGAUUUGCAAUAAAGCAAAAAAAUUAACAAAGUAUGGUGUUUUUAGAACCUUUCAAAAUUUCUCGAGAUACUCGACAAUUCCUGUGCCUCGAGAAGUAAAAAAGGCCGAGAAACCAGAAACCCUAAUCAUUAGGGAAUAGUUAGUAUAGUACAGCGGAGGAUUGCGUCUUUUUGACUUUAGUACAUGUACUACAGAAGCCUACAAACUAUAAGGGUUCCGUUUUUUGCCAUUUGGCUACGGAACCCUAAAAAAGCGUCAACUCAACGAGUUAUAAUUCACUUAAUGGCGUCUUAUUUGACGCAGGCCAUAAAACCGACAAAAAAUGGGGAACAAGGCGUGAACAAUCUGCGAAAUCGAUGCCACACUUAGGUACGUUACCUUUGCGGAUUCGCGCAUGAGUGUGGAGGGCCCUUUAUAAUACCUUCAAGUAAUAAUUGACUCGAUUUUUUAAUAAAUUGUUUUAAUCUUA